AUGAAGCCUGAUUCAAGCUGGUAUUGGAGGAAACUUUGUCAUUUGAGGGGAAAAUUCAGUCCAGCUGAGGUGAAAAAUGUUGGUGUAACAGGGAUUUUUAAAGCCUCUAAACUCUAUAAUAAUACUCUCAGCCAACAUCCAGUGGGCUAUCAUCAAGCUGUUUGGUGCAGGCUAUUUAUCCCUAAGCAUCGUUUCUUACUUUGGCAAGUGGUUAACUCUCAGCUUCUUACUCGAGACAACAUACUCAGCUUCUGUAUUCCUCUUGAAACUCUGUUAUGUCCUGUUUGUGGUUUCUAUAAUGAGAGUCACACUCAUCUUAUCUUUGAGUGUUAUAUUCCCAAGAAGGUAAUUGAAUUAAUCUUUGCUUGGAUGGGGUUUAGAGCUUGGCCUAUUGAGUUUACUGGUUGGACGGUUUGGCUUGCUAGUAGAAGACCUGGAGUCAUUUCUUCCAUCACCAAUAUGAUUUUGGAUGCUGUUAUAUAUUACCUCCGGAGGAACCGAAACAUAUAUUUGUUUAAUGGGUUUACUUGGACAACUGAUUAUCUAGCUAUUGAUAUCAUGAAUAUUAUCCAGUACAGGUUAUUCAUUGUUAAAAAUAGGAAGUUAACAUUACAGGAACAGAGAUUUAUAGGAAAAAUUACAAUGUAA